AUGCUGUACUCACGUCCCAUGCCGGUGGCCGAUCACUUUAUGGCGUUCUGGGCCGACGCCGGCGGACAAACGGCCGGCGCAGACCUGGGCGAGGUGUGCGAAACGUGCUACGCACAUUGCGCCGGCGGCAAGACGGAACUGUGGCGGCACGCCCGAGACGAGCACGGUGCCGACCCGAACCUGUCGUGUCACGUGCCCGGCUGCGGCCGGCGGUUUUUCGCUGCGGCCAUGUGUGCCGACCACACCACGCACCACCGCGACGGCGGCUAUCAGCGGUCCGACGACGACGACGACCACCACCACCACCACCACGUCGCAGGCCCGAGUGGCCGACCGCCGUUGACGUGCGAACUGUGCGGCCGACUGUCCGUUAACCGGUCGGCGUACUACAAGCACGUAAGCGUGGUGCAUCCCGAGGCCCGGGCCGCCGUGUGCGGUGUGUGUCACUCGUACAAGGGUGACGUGUGGUCGCUCGUCGACCACGUGCGGAGCCGGCACGUCCUCGAGCUCGCCACUGCAGAGACGACCACCGCGGUUGGCGAUGGAUCCGACACGAAGCGGGUCCGCAGACGGAGUAUACGGUGCACCGUGUGCGGCAAGCGGUACGGCAACAACCGCAACAUGUUUGCUCACAGGCGGGUGCACGGCCUCGCCGACGAUCUUGUUCCGACGCACUGA